CCUCAUUGCCUCGAGUUCUUGACACCGGCGGCUCUUGAACAGUGGUGCAGAUGCACGAAGUAUUGACUGCAAUGAGACAGCGGAGUCAUUUCUGCGAUCCAACAUCUGCGAACGCUGCACAGUGCACUGCAAGCAUAGUUGUCAUAAUGACACCGAAGCGGAUGUCAUAGGCACUGAGUUCUACGCUCUGACCUCGUCCAUCUGCAAGAGUGCACUGCAUGACUUGCGCAUUUCGUCCUGGAAUGCCAGUGCAAGGACAAUCACUUUCGUGGCCUCUCCACAGGAUGACAGACGCAGUGACUUCUCAGGAUCUGUCCGUUUUAACAUCCCUUCAAAAGACGGUUUUCAGGCCUCUAGAUAUUUCAAUUUCACCUCACCUAGGAUCACCGAGGAAGUGCUGGAUGUCACCAUGCUCCAUCGUAACUUUAUCUAUUCCCUGAAAGAGACUCCUUCGCAAGAAUGCCACGUGCCUCCUGGAUAUACGGCACACUUUGAUUACACGCUUAAAGAACUAGACCUCAAGGGUGCUGUCGACCUCUCACCUAGGCCCAACAAGGGAUACUACAACAUCACGUGGCCGAGUACAGUUUACCCUCAUCUUCGUACCAACAUAUUCUGGUGCAGAAUCCAGGGUAGAAUGACAUCAGACAUUGCAUCUCCCGCUAUGUUCUUCGGUGACAUCAAACCUGCCGCUCCGUUUCUUCCAAAACACUACACGAUCACCGUAAGCCUGGAUGAACCACUGGACAUAGAAGUGGUUCCACAGGGACCAGGCGAGGUGACAUCGUGGGUCAAGGUGGACGGGCGUGGCGAUGGCCAUCAUCAGGUUGUGAACCACAGUGGUGUCAAAACGUAUAAUCUACAUCGCGACAGAGCUGCGUUGCAUGAUGGCGGAGUAUACGUCGUCAACGGGCCAUACACAGGAUAUCCCGGAAAGAACCGUGCUCUGAUGCGAGUCAUCGUGCGAAUGUGCAGAGCAAACAAGUACGGACCUCUGUGCGAAUCCACGUGCCCUGACUGCAAGAACGGUGGCAUUUGCCACGACAUCAGCGGUCGCUGCAUCUGUCCUCCAGGGUUUAAAGGAGAACGCUGCGAACAACCUUGUGGCGAUGACAACUUCGGCCAGAACUGCCAGAAGCGUUGUUCAUACUCCAAUCUCGACCCUAAGUCGAAAACCUGUUCUGGCAUCAUGAUCUGUCUUCCCGAUCCUUAUGGCUGUUCAUGCGGAACUGGUUUCAAAGGUCCCUUCUGCAAUGAAACGUGUUCACCACACGAAUACGGUGCCGACUGCAAGCAGAACCGGAUCUGUUACUGCAAAAAUGGCAGCACUUGCAAUGGCUUCACCGGAACCUGCUUACAAGACAAUGGACAAUGUCUUGAUGGAAUGAAGAACUCACCCUUCUGCGAUAUCAGCUACCCCUUGCUUAGGGACAAACCUGAGCUUGAAGAUAUCAGUGGCACCAGCGCUAAAGUGUCGUGGAACGCCUGGCAGGCUGGGCCAGAAACUGGGGGAGGUGUCCCUAACGCGUACUUGCUACAGCACAGGGAAGCUACAACGGAGGAUUGGACUACAGCUGUGGUUCCAGUUUCUCUCGGUUCCUCUACAGGAAGAUACAGCCACACGCUCACAGGAUUGACACCCCGCACAUUCUACGACGUCCGAGUCCUGGUGAGAGACAGUGACAACAACUACCGGACAAGAGGAGCCCAAGAAGAACACUUUCGCACGCACUGUGGACGUCCUUCGCAAUCGCCUUCUUCCAUAUGGAUCGAUAAUUCUCGCAGCAGACUGAUCAUUGUCAAGUGGGAGAAUCCUCCUCGACACUCUUGGAACUGUUGGACCAUCAAUGUCACCCUCAUGUACAACGGCUACAUAGCUACAUUCAAUCUAACACAUCCAGAAUCCCAUUCAAAAACUAAUCACUCGUUCUCCACGAAGCCAUAUACCUUAUGGAACAUCAAACUUCGUAUGGAAACUACAGAUGGCGAACCAGGAGAAUGGACUGCUAUGGGAACAGUCGUCUCCGCUCAAGAUGCACCGUCUGAGGUUAGGGGUGUAGCCACAGUAAAGAUACAUGCUCGGAGUGCGACCAUUGCAUGGCUUCCACCCAGCGAGCCCAACGGGGUCCUCCGGAACUAUGGGAUUACGUACCAGGAGGAAAGGCUUUUGGCGCCACAAUGCUACAGCAUUGAUAAGGGACGAAUGAACAGCAUCAACCUGACCUACGGUGCUCAACAGUUAAAGCUUACAGGGUUGAAGCCAUACGCUGAAUAUGUCUUUGCGAUCAGAGCUUUCACCAUCAAAGCUGGGCCAGAGACCACGUUGAGGUUCCAGACUCUACAAGCAGUUCCUGAUGGUAUAGCAUCAUUCACGCCGUAUACCAUAAAACGAGAGUACGUGGAGAUAAGAUGGUCUGACGUUCCGUGCGACCAAGCCAAUGGGAUCAUCUCUAGAUAUCACGUGACUGCCCGCAGCCUGGACCCAUGGGACCCUGAAGUAUACAAUCAAACGACCACAAAGAACGUGAUAACCUUCAAUACCUUAGUGCCAUACAACCGCUACGAUGUGCGGGUGAUUGCGGAAAAUGGUGCUGGACUGUCGAGACUACACGAUUACAUGAACUUCACCACACUGCCAAUAGAGCCUCUUGCCCCCACCUCACUCGUAGUAGAAGAACAAUCAAAAACGAGCAUUUCCUUAACAUGGGACGCUCCAUACCCACCUUACGGUAUACUGGAGAGGUAUACGAUUGAGCUUCGACCACAAAAUCAAAGUUACUUUGAGAUGAAGAAGGAAAUCGGCCCCAAAGCCGCCAUCUGUCGUGGAAUGAAAGACCGGAAGAAACAGUGUUUUACCAUCGAGGAUCUUCAGCCGGACACCAAGUACUUCAUUACGGUGUCUGCGACUAACGUAGGAACAAUGACGGGACCCCCAUCGGAGGAAAUAGAAGCGGAAACGAAAGAAUUACCUCCCGAUCCACCGAGAGAAUUGUCUGCCACGGACCGAACAGAGCAUAGUAUCAGGGUAGAAUGGAAGGAGCCGCUACGCAAGAAUGGAGUUAUCAAGCAGUACAGGGCAAGAGCCUUGUUGACGAUUGUGCUGUAUCUAUUGCAAACUUGCCUGCAGCUGAACAUAUCGUUGGUGCACUCAUAUAACGCGGAGCUGCUGAACACAAGCCGUCCAUAUUCUGCUGUCUUGCGGAAUACCUCCAUUCUAUGGUAUGACCUGAAGUCCCUGUUCCCGGGUUGCAGUUACAAUGUGUGCAUACAAGCAAGCACAGUUGCAGGCUUUGGACCUCCUCAAUGCAGAGAAGUUAGCACCAAGGCAUCAGUCAGCCCCUGGCCAGACAUAGAAACCACCGUGGCGUUAGUGGCCAGCGUUCUCCUCAUAUUAGCCAUCUCAGCAACGGCGUUAUACUACCGCAGCAGACGCAAGCGAAACCUUUCCAUCGAACGGGAAACUUCCGUAGCACUUUUUUCCGCGAACCAGGUUCUGGACAUUCCCUCUGCAGGUUAUGUGGACUGUGCCCCGGAAGCUGAAGAGGACGUCGUCAUGAAUGUACCGCGGAGCAAAGGAACGAAUGCAGCGUUGAUACCGGUCCAACAAUUUCGGACGCAUGUCAUCAACGCUGAGGCAAACGGCACGCUCAAGGAGGAGCACAUGGCUAUUGACACGGGUGAGCUGCAUACGUGCGAAGUUGCAAAAAGGCCGGAAAACAUGCAUAAGAAUCGAUACGGGAACAUUCUGCCGUACGACCAUUCGCGCGUUAUUUUGUCAGAGCUCCCAGAUGGUGGGUCGGAUUAUAUCAACGCAAAUUAUGUUGCUGGUUACAAUAACGAUAGAAGGUACAUUGCAACACAAGGUCCAACACUUGGAACGGUCACCGACUUCUGGCGCAUGGUGUGGGAAUCUGGUAGCUGCAAGAUCGUCAUGCUUACCAAUCUGGUGGAACAAAAAGUGGUAAAGUGCGUCAAGUAUUGGCCAGAUUCAGUGGAGCAGUACAGUGACAUUGAAGUCAGGCUCCAUCACGCCGACACCACGGAUGACUUCGUUAUAAGAGAGUUCGCUAUGUCACGGGAAAAGGAGCGCCGACAUCUCCUCCAGUUCCACUUCACCAGUUGGCCCGGACAUGGCGUUCCCACUUGUGUGGAUGCCACAUGUUCAUUUAUGAAACGGGUAAGGGGCUUUCAUCAUGAAGACUCUCCAAUCAUUGUCCACUGCAGUGCAGGCACUGGUGCAACCGGUACUUUCAUUCUAAUGGACAGCGUGCUGGACCAAGCAGAAGACCUGAAGCAGUUGGACGUCUUCUCUCACUUAAAUGCUAUGCGACAAUGUCGGGCCAAGUUAGUUGAGUCAUUGGACCAGUACUUCUUUGCGCACCGCGCGAUCGAGGCCCUCUGUACAACAUGCCAUUCCAUAAGCGUCAAAGACUUUAGGAAGCGGCUGCAGGAACUUAGAGUUACAAAUAGUGCUUCGAGAAAAAGUAUAAUUCUAGAGGAGUUUGAGGAACUCAACAGACCAGUAUAUCGACCUAACGAAACCUACAAGAGCGCCCUCAGCAACGAAAAUGUCGGGAAAAAUCAAACGCGUGACGUUCUGGCAGGCGACUCCAAACGAUUCCUCCUAUGCCCUCCGCAAGGUUCUGGUCGUACGGACUACAUCAACGCCGUCUAUGUUGAUGGUCACAGAAGCUGCAACGCGUUCCUGGUGACUCAGUUCCCGAGACCAGACACGGUCGGGGACUUUUGGCAGAUGGUCUCGACGAGCAAGACAACAACCAUCGUCACUUUAGACAACCUGCCUCCGGGAGAUAAGAACUACCCCCAGUUCUGGCCAGAAGUUGACCAGACUCUGAGAAGCUACGGCUGCUCAGUCUGCAACACAGCGACGACGGUAAACUCUGCAAUCGUCGUGCGAACCUUUAGAGUUGAGCAGAAUGAGCAACCUUCUAGAGCAGUGCGCCAGUUUCACCUGCAACGUUGGCCGCGAUCGGCCCCGGUGCCGCCAUCUUGUGACGUCAUAUUGAACCUCAUUCAGCAAGUAGAGGACUGGCAGAGUCGAUCGCCGAACACUGUGCUAGUCAUUCAGUGCUCGGACGGAUGUCUUGCGAGUGGACUCUUCUGCGCUUCAAGUAUCAUCUGGAAAGGAAUGAAUUCAGAACAAAUGGUGGAUGUCUUUCAAAGCGUGCAGACCAUUCGAAGAAGUCGAGCAGAAUUCGUGCGAGAACUGGUCCAGUACCAGUUUUGCUACGAUGUGGCCUUGGCUUUCCUCGACAAAUUGAGCACCUACGCGAACUUCCAGUGACUGUUGGCUGUUCAUUUCGUUCAUGAUGUUCCCCACUUUUAAAGAGUUCACCGCAUUGGGUGGAGGGUAUGAUUGUAAUACCCUUGUAACAUGGGCAGUCUCCAAUCAUCUUUGAAACCGACGGACACUGAAUAUGCGGUUAGCGCCAUCAAGCGUGUAACAUGUCAACCUGUCAGGAAGUAUUGGAUGCAAUGAUGUUUGAGAAGUUGCACGUUACUCGCUAGGUGACGCUAUGCGCACGUUUUUUAGCCAUUAGUUCCAAUCAUCAUUGAAGACUGCCCAUGUGACAGAGGCGUAGUUAUGGAAGAAGAGAUAAUGGAUGGAUGGAUGGAUUGAAAUAAAGCAAAAUCCAAAGUAACCAUUCAGUUCCACUUGUUGACUUGGUUUCGGAUCGUCUGCAACGCCGCGCCAGACCGUUUCGCCAUCUGA